UUCGAUAAACUGGAGUGCUACCUCAUGCCGCACAUUGGCAUGAGUGCCAUCAGGGAUGAAUACUUUGAUGGUCGACUAAAUCAAUUGGACCCGUUAUUCGUGGAGCACCUGAAGGUGCUGGUGCCUCGCCUGCUGGCGCCAGAGCGCCUCGUGGAGAAGCGCUCAGCCGCGCGGCAAGGACAACCCGCCACCGGGGAGGAGCUGGUGGGCCUCUUCAGGAUCUACAUGGAGGCCUUCAGAGAGCGUCGAGUAGUUCUGCCGACCACCCUCGUUGAGAUAAUGGUGCGCCACAAAAGCCAUGAGGUCUACAAAAUGGCAUUUAAUUGUUACAAAGAAUCAAUGUAUUUAAAAACCAAACCCUGGCGAAGAUCUUUUGAAGAUUCUUUUCUAAACAGCUGUCACUCAGAAUCAAAAAGCGGUGCUAUUGCAGCUUACAACAGUGAAAAUCAAUACACCAGAAACAGCGCUUUGUUCGCAACUGCAGCUGAUGUUAGGAAAGGCCUUGAAAAGAACAUAGAAGACCACUUCAAAACCUAUGUUCAAAAGAACGAGAAAAUGAAGCUGGACGAGUUUGAAUCGAGGUCCAGAUUCUACAUACUUGGAGGUCUGGCGGUUGCAGGUGCAGCUGCGGUGAGGGCCGGGGUCCUGACCGCAGCGGGAGUGAGUCUCGGGCCCGCGGUCGCAACAGCCGUUGGAGUUGGAUCUGUGGCCCUCAAGGCAGUUCCCUGGGCCGCGAAGAGCAUUUACGCUCGUUUCUUGCAACGCGGCCGGUAAAAUAAACAACAGUGAAAACGUCAUUUGAAACAUUUCUUUUGCCGGAUAAAACGAAACAAGGUUUAUUAAUAGUAGUAAUAAUAUUAUUUAUAUUAUUACUACAAUAAUAUUUAAUAAUUCUGCGCGUGGAGCUUUAAUACAAAUUCACUGUUAAUUUAUGCACGCUCGGAUGAAGAUUUGGAGAUUUGCUCCUUCUGGAAUACUCACCGGGUGUGAAAAAUUGUGAUUCACAUGUAUUUUAUUUAUUAAUAUGUAAAAGGAUUACAUGACAGCGAUCCAAAUUAGUUGUUCUCAACUUUUUUUAAAUAAAAUAUUUAUUCAACUCAAUGAUACUAUGCAAGCAUGAAAAAUCGUGCUGAUCUUGUGCCGUAGUAUGCUUCUGUCACGCAUCAACUUGGUAAGAUUCACAGACAUGGUCGUACUUUUAGAGUGAAUAAAUAAAAGACUUAAUUUGCUAUACUGUACAUUGAGCCAUUGCAAAGAUCACUGAGGAUGAGACGUCUACUUUGUAUGGGAAACUUGGAAAAUGAAGAGUUGAAUAUACACUGAAACUUGCCUUGGAUGCUGAAGCAUGUUAAAAAUACUCGGGAUGGGAUUGUAGAGUUUCAACUUAUCAAUUUCGACACCUCCUUUAAAAUUAUUUCUCUUCCAUUAAAUCACGUGGGUUUGUAUUUACGUUAGGAAUACAAAAGAGAAAAUAAAGUUCAAUGUACUCUCUUCAUUUACAUUCAUUUUACUUUUUGUGUGUUACUUAUGAUGACAAAUUUGCCAGCGUAGCAGAUUAGGCCAUGAUGGCAUGGCAGGCCUUUUUAGAGAUUUUUGCGGGUUUCGAACACGCAAUUCACUGCUCUGAUAUCCACCAUGGUUAACCGCCCGUAACACCUAGCCGAUUUCGACCAAAACUGCCACAGGAAGCUCAUAAUAAUAAUGAUGAUGAUGCUGAAAGUCAGAAUGCAAAUACGAGGGCGAGUCAAUCGAGAUUCAAAAAGUAGGCAAAUAUGUACAUUUUUUUGUAGAGGGGUAAUGUUUUUUCGUAUUUGCUUAGCGUCUGUCUUGGUACGUCCCAUCAGUACCGAUCAGCGCUGGAUUACUACACCUAAACGUGAUAUUUCGAAACUGGCAUCUACGGACAGCUAGUCGGCGCUUCGUGUAGGCGGUGUAAGUGUAGCGUGUUGGUCACUGCACCGAGUUCUGCAAUUGUUGUGUCAGUAUAAGGGUGCUGUGUUUAAUGCUGUUGCAAUGAUAUUUGAUGUAUUCAUGUUGUUUUCUCGUGUGGGAUGCGUUCAUUUUCAAAGUCGCAUUUGUCUCCGUCAUUUUUAGUAAAUAUGUCGAGCAAAUGUUUUCUGAAGAUGGAUUUAUUUUGCUUUGAUGUUACGUAGAGUGUGUUUUGUUUCUGGUAGGACUGUUUGUUUAGUAUAUGAUCCUAAAAUUUGUUUUAUGAAUGGCCAGAAUUUAUCGGUAUUUGUUGGUGUUUCCAGGUUUAUUUGGCUUAAUACAAAGGCAAGAAAGGAA